AUGAAGCUGCUUGCAAUGGCCGUGCUGCUCCUUACCAUCUGUAGCCUUGAAGGGGCUUUGGUUCGGAGACAGGCAGAGGAGCUGAAUCUGCAGAGCCUGGUCUCUCAGUACUUCCAGAUUGUGACCGACUAUGGCAAGGACCUGCUGGAGAAGGCCAAGGGUUCAGAGCUUCAAAUCCAGGCCAAGGCCUACUUUGAGAAGGCACAGGAGCAGCUGACGCCCCUGGUCAAGAAGGCUGGAACUGAUCUGGUUAACUUCUUGAGCAGUGUUAUGGACCUCAAAACACAACCUGUUGCCAAGUGCAUUGUCUAGACUGUUGUCUUCCAUCCCCAGC